AUGAUCUGCAACAACAUCCUCGAAACAAUUGGUAACACUCCAUUGGUCCGCAUCAACCAUUUAAAUCCAAACCCAAAGGUCGAAAUUUGGGCAAAGCUUGAAGGUUUCAACCCAACAGGUUCCGUUAAGGAUCGUAUCGCUCUCAAGAUGAUCGAGCAGGCUGAAACAGAAGGCAAGCUUAAGCCAGGCAGCACAAUCAUCGAAGCUACAUCUGGUAACACAGGUAUCGGCCUUGCUAUGAUCGGCCGUACAAAGGGCUAUCAUGUCAUCGUUGUUAUGAGUGAAGCUGUUUCCAUCGAACGCCAAAAGAUGAUCAAGGCUUUCGGUGGUGAAGUUAUCCUUACAGAUCGUAAGCUCGGCACAGAUGGCGCCAUCAGAAAGGUCGCUGAACUUGUCAAGGAGAACCCAGGAAAGUACUUCAACCCUAACCAGUUCUCAAACGAGUACAACAAGAUCGCUCAUUACAAGACAACAGCAGAAGAAAUCUGGACUCAGACUAAGGGCAAGGUUACACACUUCGUUGCUGCUGUCGGCACAUCCGGCACACUUAUGGGUGUUGGUAAGAACCUUCGUGAGAAGAACGCAGACAUCAAGAUCGUCGAAGCUCAGCCAACAAAGGGCCACUACAUCCAGGGUCUCAAGUCCAUGGAAGAGGCCAUCGUCCCAGCUAUUUACCAGGCUGAUAAGAUCGAUGAGCACAUCCUUAUCGAAUCAGAAGAGGCUUUCGCUAAGGCUCGUGAAGUUAUCGCCAAGGAAGGUAUCUUCAUCGGUAUGUCUUCUGGUGCUGCUAUGCUCGCUGCUCAGAAGGUCGCUGAGAAGCUUGAGAGCGGUGUUAUUGUUGUUCUCUUCGCUGACCGCGGUGAAAAGUAUCUUUCCACAAAGCUCUUCGAUACACAAUAA